AUGGAAAGCGAUUUGGGAGUGAUCGCCGUUGUCUACUUAUCAAUGUUUUUGGACAAUGUACUGCUGACCGUUGUUGGUGAGUUAAUAAUAAUUUUAGUGAUAAUAUUUUAACCGUCAAUAAACAUUACCUAACGAUAUCAUGACGCGUGUUUUAUUAUUUGUAAUCUGUAAAUAUUUACUAUUGUGUUGUUUAACAUUCACAUUUAAAUAAUAUGUUACGUUUUUUACUGUAGUAAUUCGACUAAAAAUGAACGCAGAGACCUGCAACAUUCCCGGAAUACUUAUACCGCAUUUUAUAAACGCGGUAGAAUGUUUAAAAUAUUUUGGAGAUUCUAUAGAUAAAUUACUAUAAUAGGCAUUUCACGUUUUUUUUUUUUUUAGAUCAUUUAUUAUUAUGAUUAAAAUUCCGUAAACUUUUCCGUUAUUUCUACAUUUUUCCCGGUUACAUGGAAAACUCCAAGAAAAAACGACCUCUUCAAAGUAUCAACUACAUUUAAAACGCUACGAAAAUGCUCUCUCUUUUUCUUUUUACUCAAAACCUCAAAUAAUAUAAAACGAAAUACGAGAUGCUUGUUACUUUUACACGUCGACAACGAAUAUUAACUAUGUUCAAAACAAAAAAACCAACAUAAUUUUACGCAGAGUAAAAAGUAAAUUAAAAUUAUUUAUACAUUUGUAUACGUUACUGCAUGGUUUAUUCUAUAAUAUUGAGAAUUUAUUGAAUAGAAUAUAACGUGUGAAAACAAUGAUAAUAUGCAGUGCAAAAAUAAAUUAUUCGAAAACAAUAUUUAUCACCAGUCAGUUUAAUUCGAUCGUAACGAAACGAAAAGAAAAACCUUUACAGCAUAAAUACUGUAGCUCAGUUAACGAUCGUAAAUUAAAGUAAGUAACUAUUAAACUAUACAUAUUAUACUUUCACUCUCUUCCGUAUAAUAUAUGGGUAGUUUUUAUACGUUCGAUAAAAUAUGUUUCUAAUAUCCGGGGGCGAGCCGUAUACUUUCAAGAUGUCAGGGUAUUAUUUUUAGGGUGUUCUUCGACCGGCACGUUUUAAUAUAUUUCCCGUGUAUACGAAAUGGACCGGAGUAUAACAUAUAUCAACCGCGUUAAUUUUUAUCUUCCGAUACACCGAUUUUCGUUUCCAUAUAUAUAUAUAUAAAUAGGGUAUUUUCGUAUUAUUUAUACGUAUUAAACGUGUGUACCUAUCCAUACCUAUUGUAUUCUCGACUUAUCGUUAGUAAUAUACUCUAUAGUGAUAACCGUAUUGUAUUCGCUUUGAUAUUUAUAUAAGUGCGCGUUAUACCAAUAACACGUGUAGUCCAGAGUGUAUGAAAUACUUUUAAUGCGCAAUGUAAAUAACAAAAGUAAUUCGCUUAUGAAGCGCCCACGAUGUUCUAUUAAAUAAUAUUCUGUUGGGAAAAAAAAAACUCUACAUUUAACCGUAACACACCUUUCGCUGUAUUAUUUUAUAGUGUUGUAUUACAUAAAAAUAAACUAGGUACUUACGUCUAUUGUCAAUAUAUCGAAGUGGAAAAGGCGAGAAAAAUUCCAGUGUUAAGGUUAUUUCAAUAAUAAAUAAAACUAUUGUGUGCCCCCACGUGCAGAAAAAACGCGUCAAUCUCAAACUCGUAAAUUAUCCGUCGGAGAGCAGUUGUGUCAGUUUACAUUAAGACUGAUUCGUGUUCAUCAUGGCAAAAACGGUGACUUUUAAUAGAUUAGAUUAGAUAUCAGUGGCGUAGCAAGAGUUUUGGGCACGGGGGACAUGCCUGCCCCUCGCCCCAUCAGCCAUAUUUUUCAAUAUAUUUACUAUAAUCAAUUCAAGUUAAUAUUACAUGUGUAGUUGAUGUGUACAUUUUGUUUUCACAUUUCAUUGAUUAAGUAAGUACUGUAAACAAAUGUUUUUCAACUUCCAAUUUAUUUAUUUUAUUUAUUUUUUUUUUUUUUGGCAUUUUUCCUUCUUGAAGUCACAGAUGUAUAAUAAUACAUAUAUAUUAUUUUUAUUCAAUGUACAAUUUUUUUUUUUUUUUUUAGUAUUGUUAAUAAUACCUACCGUUUUAAUAAUAUUGUAUUACAGUACCGAUUAUUCCUGAACACUUGUACAUUCAAUGGAUCGCCAAUAAUACGUCUAAUACCGCGAACAAUGUAACGAGAACCAGAGCAGACCAACCGCUUCUUCCUGGGUAGUUACUUAUGACUUAUAUAAUUAAUACCUAAGCAUUUAUUAUUAAUUAUCUGAAACCUAACGAUUGUUCACAAUCGUUUUAGUUCUUUAAUGAAAAUUAAAUUACAAACCCUGGAAAACGAAAACGAAACAAUAGGUCUGCUGUUGUCUUCAAAAGCGAUAGUACAGUUGUUUAUGAAUCCUGUGGUGGGCGUUUUAACGUCCUACGUCGGAUACAACUUGCCGAUAUUCCUCGGUUCAAUUCUCCUGGUCGUAAUAUCAGUUUGUAAGUUAAAUAUUUUCUUACCUGUAUACGUGUGAAAAAAUCAAAAAAAAAAAAUAUCACUUAAUGUUGAUAAUUUAAAUCAUUAAAAAAAUUUUAAAAAUGCAUCCCUUGCUACGCUCCGAAAAGUACCUGUGUAUAAGUAUAUUCUAAACUAUCUAAAAAAAAAAACUCUGAAAUGCAGCAUAGAAUCCAAUACAUUUCGAUAAAUUGUAUUUUUAUUGAAAGUUAACAAAAACGUAUACAAUUAUUGUAAUUUAAUUGAUAUUAAAUUAUAGUGCCUGAAGCAGUUUUUUUUUUUUUUUUGUAAGAAGCAUGCUAAAAAAAAUAAAACAUAGCAAAAUUAUUAAUAUAAGAUAUCUGAAAAUCAAAUGUAACAAAAAAUAUAUAUUAAUUUCGAAACUGAAUUUAUCGCUACUUUAUUCGAACUUUGUACUUAAAAUAUCUUACAAGCUAAAAAGAAAACAUCUGUUUCAAAUCAACUCCCAUUAGUAUACCUUACAGUAGCGUUCCACUAGCCAGUGAGUGUUUAUAACUCCCCAUUCCUAAAAAUGUCUCCACUAAAUACUUUUUAAGUGUUAAUUUAUGGAAAAUUGACAUUUUUUUAAGUGAAUGGGAGGAUUGCAAAAUUAACCCCUCCCUCAAUUUCUUUUCCGGCCAAGCCAUUUAAAACUAUUAUAACUUGUAAUGUCUUGUAAGUUAUAAGCAUUAUUAUAAAUUAUAUCGAUUUGUUAAAGUUAAUUGUAUUUAUAUUUUUUUACUUACAGUGUUCGCAUACGGAGACACGUUCAUUGCAUUACUAGUUGCUAGAAGUCUUCAGGGCACUGCAUCGGCGCUCAUCGGUGUGUCUGGUACCUACACUAUAAUUUUAUAUCACUUUAUUAUAACAAUCUUCGUAAUCAUAUGUAACGAAAUGUACAUACAUAGACUAUUAAAUGCCAUCAGGAAUGUGCUUGAUAGCUGAUCAAAAACACAUGUCCGAUUUGAAACGCAGCAAAGUUAUGGGACUAGUCAUGGGAAGCAUCGCCUUGGGUGUGCUGGUCGGUUAUCCGUUCGGCGGCAUACUCUACGAUUUCGUCGACAAGUCUACCCCUUUUAACAUUAUAAUAUGUGUUAUCGCGUUCGAUUUAGGUGAGUGUUACAUCCAGUGAUGAACGAAAUAAAAAAAAAUACAAAAAUCCAACUAGUAACAUUAUAAAAACCGUAUUCGUUUGUACGGGCAAUUUUGGAAACGUGUACAAUUUUAAUUACGUUAACAAGUCAUACUUAGAUUUUCGUAACACAAGUUUUGGUGGCUUAAAUCUAAUGAAAAUAAAACAAUUUAAUAAUGUAACGUUAAAAAUGUUUGGAAUGUUAAAAUCAUAAUUUUUCAGUAAUAUCCCAAAAUUCGUAUUUUAGUAUAGUUUUCCGAAAUUGUAUUUAUCCACGUUUCUAAAGUUUAACUUGUGCAUUCGUAUUCUAGACAGCAAUAAUUAAUAGUAAAUAACGUUCACCAGUACGAUUUUAUUGACCAACACACCAUAAAAUAUUGUGCCAAUAGAUUACCUAACCAAAACCAUUUUACAUUAUACUGUUGGCAUAGGCUAAAUAAAUAAUUAUACACAUACCUGCAUCGAAAUUGACUAUACUACAACGCCUGGCAAAAAAAAAACUAUAUUACCACAUUUUUCACCGGAAGUUUUUUUUACGCAUAGAAUUGCCGUAUCAUUCGAUGAAUUUGGUAAAUAUUUUAGAUUCUGAGUGUAGUGAAGAAUUUAUUGGUUUUGCGGUAAUGUUUUUAGUUUUAUUUUUGUUUACACUAUGACAAAAAUGUCUACCAUUACUCUCGUCCGAUACGUACGUGUAGCACCAUUUCAGAAAAGAAAUAUUCUCUAGAUUGUACUUUGAGGAAGUAAUUUUCUAUUCAUCUAAGCGGUUUUCAUAAUAUCAAGAAAAAUCCGGAAUAAAACAUAAGAAAAAAAAGAAAUUUAUGAAAAUAAUGUUUUUAUAAUUCAGUUAAAAAUAUUCGUAAUGACUUGAAAUUCAGACAGAAAACUUAUAUUUGACUUUUCUAGGGGUGGUAAAACUUUAAAAAUAUUUGAGCCAUAUUUUAGCUAUUUAUAGAAAUGUCAAUUUUGUAAGUAAUUUUUAUUUGGUAUGUACUCUAUGGAUAAAAUUGUUGACUAAACAAAAACACUUGGCAAUUGAACAGGAGGUUAGUUAUAAGUCGUAAUUUGUGGUCAAAAUAAAACAAAAUUGAACUUAACGUAGUAUAUUUUUUUAUGCAAAUGUUGACGAAAAUCGAUUUAGUAAAAAAUCAUUUCAAACAAAUGUAUAGUUACUGGUCCAUACAAAUCGUCUCAAUAUACUUAUUUAUUUAACUAUAAUAUGGCAUAUAAAUUGUUAAAAAAGCAAUACUAUUAACUGAGCUCCGCUCGGAAUCGCUUUUCGUGUAAUCUUUCCUUACAUACUUACUUUAAAUUUACCUCUGUAUGGUAUUUUUCAAACUUUUUAACGAAAACAGUGGUCCACCCAACGUACGAAGUAUGUCCGUCUUUUUACAAAUAUGUUUGAUUUAGAUUAGCGGGUAUAUUAUAAUUAAUACGAACCGAGCACACGACGAUCGAACAACGAACAAAUCUGAUAAUAUACUUAUAAUACUGAUAAUACUUCGCGGAAAUUACUCCUCUAUAAGAUUUAUGUAUUUAUUCGGUACAGGCCGAAGCACAAAAACAAUGUUAGUAACACAACCGGAACAACUAAAACUCAACUAGGACUUAAAACUAACUAUAACUACGGUGCAAGAUUAUUUGCGAAAAACAGUGAAAGAUGAUUUCGUCGUUUGAUGCGACGUAAGCAUUAAUAAAACAUAAAUUUAUUUUAUUGUCACUCGACUGUACACUAUUUUAAUUAAAUCAAAUAUAAUCAUACGUUUGAGUGCGUUUUAAAUGCAAUUUCGCUGUAAGCCUAUUAAAACCGACUUAGUUAAAUUAUAACUCGAAACUAAUAACACCGUCGAGACGUACCUUAUUAAUUUCGUCAUUUUAUACUGACGAAAAUAUAAAUUCAUUUUCCUAACUCGGAAUCGAUCAAAAAGAAAAACAAUCGUUUAUAAUAGCAAUCCGCGUACCUGUGCUGCGCACAACGUUCGGCAAACAAAAUAAAAUACAAUACACUUAGUCUGACGUUAUUGAUUACAGCGGGACAUGUGUGCAUAAGAUAAUAUGAUAUUGUUUUUCUUUUUACAGGUCUACAACUGUAUAUUUUUAAUUUGAAUCCCAUAAAACAGGUGAAUAUAAUAUUUAAACGAUUAUUUCAAUUAUUCUGUUGAACGAUAAUAUUCAUAACUAGGGCUUGAGACUUUAUGCAUUUAAAAUCCGUAGAAAACAGCUUAGAAACAUCAAAUGAGCCCUGAAAAAAAUUUGAAAAGCAAAAACUACAAGGGCUUAAAGGUGUUUAAAAUGUCCACCCCAGCCCCCUACCCCCAAUAUCAGCUCUGGGCAUUAAUUGCAAUUUUCUAACAAUACACAAAACGAUUUAUACAAAAUAUGUUUUUUUUAUAAUAAUUACCAUUUUACCAUGAACAUCGGCGACUUUUCAACGUUCUUUUUUCGUUAUUCAAAAUAUUUUUUCCCUCGUUUAAAUCAUCUAUAGUACCUAUCUGUAUAAACCCUCAGUACGUUCCCCGGUCUAUUUUCUCUGGAAAAAACUUUUUAUUUUUAUUAUUUACCAAAUAUUCUAUGGCUUUCGCUUAUUUUUCCACUUCCAUUUCUUUCCAGAGCUCAGUCUAUUUCCAACCUUCUAAUAAACGUUAUAUUACUUUUCGCCGUCGUCUCUCAAUUUAUAAUAUUAUUUCGAGUAAUUUCAACGUUAAUAUUAUUACGUAACAAUAAAUACACACUAUUUCGUACAAUUAUAUUUUCAUUUCUAGCUGUGAGACUUCUAACGUUUUUUGGAUUUUUUUUUUUUUUGCUCUAUAGGCGAACUCUAUCAAGGAGAUGUUACAAUUAAAGCAAACACGUUGUAACAACCAUCAGGUGCCUAAUAACAAUACUUUAACGUAAAACAAACAAAUUUCUUUUUAUACAGAGUGUCUCACGAAGAUAUACGCAUUGUUAUAUCUUGGAAGUAAUAAAUAUAAUCAAAGAAUGUUUUUUUUUUUUAUAUAUAUUACUCACAGAGAUAAGGACUACAAAUAUUUAUAUUGUAAUUAAUGUUUCAUGUUUUGAUUAGAAAUGUAAAAAAUAACUUUUAUUUUGUUAUUUUCGAAAAAUUUGAAAAUGACCAUAGAGUUUUUUCUUUUGAACGUUUUGACUUAUCAACUUUCUAUUUUCAUUAAGUUCGUGAUUUUAAAUAUUUUUUUAAAUUUCAGAGAAAAAAAGUGUACAGUUAAUUAAUCGAAAUAAUAAUAAUCAAUUAGAGAAUGCGAUUACAGUCUGCUGCAUAAUUUAAAUAAUUAUUAAAAAUCACGAACUUAAUGAAAAUAAAAAAUUAAUACGUCAAAAUGUUUAAAAGAAUAAACUCUAUGGCGGUUAUCUUCAAAUUUUUCGAAAAUAAUAAAAUAAAAAGGUUUUUUUUUUUAUUUUUUACCUAAACACAAAAAAUAAAUUGUCAUAUAAACAUUUGUAGUCCUUAUUCCGGUGAGUAAUACAAAUAAAAUAGAAUUUGGUUAUCCUUAAUUUUUCCAGAGAUAUUACAAUGGGUAUAUUCGUGGGAUACCUUGUAUAAUAAUACUUAUUAUUUAUUUCGAUUAUAAUGUUUUUGGGUCACAAUGAGAAAUUAUUUAAAAUAUCGUCGAUAAUUGUUACAAUAUAGUCUCACUUCAACAACGAAAAUUGGAAAGAUCUCCUAAAAGACGGCUAUAUACUGCUGAUCAUUUUCGCUAUUUGUAUAACGUCGUCGGCCAUGGCCAUUUUGGAGCCUUUUUUACCGAUUUGGCUCAUACAAAUUAUAAAUCCCGAAGUAAGACGGAACUCAAUCGUAACUUGAAAAAAAAUACCCUACAAUAUAUUUUACGAUGACACGACGUUACAUUAUUUCAGAAAUGGCAAUUGGGCACUGUAUUCAUUCCGGAUAGCCUUGGCUAUUUGAUCGGCACGAAUUUUUUCGGCAGUCUGUCGUACACGUUGGGCCAAUGGAGAGUGGCCGUAAUGGCGACUUUACUAGUCGGUAUAUCGGCAAUCAUGGUAAGGUAGUCCGUAUUGUCGACCGUAUUUGCACGUAAUAAUAAAAACGCUUUUUCCAGUAUAGAAUUGUAAUUGGUAAUAAACUAAAACGUCGACAAAUGUUAGAUUUUCUCGUUUAAUUUAAUGGGCUUUGAAAAAUUACAUGUUCGAAGAAUCGCUCCGCGAGUGUUUAAUCGUCUGCUUAAAAAAAAAAAAAAACUUUCGGAGAAACUAUUAAUCGUUUGUACUGUCCAAAGAGUAUUUUUGUGGCACAAAAAAAAAAAAAAAACACACAUCGUUAAAAUGAAUUACUGGUUUCUUUUGCGGUCCAUUAAGAAACUACGUACACGAUUUUGCUCAUUCGAAUAGUUUACUGUGGACGGCCAGAAGAACGAUGUUAGUCGAUUACUAGGCAAUUUUCGAUUGUGUGAAAAUUACAAUUUUUUUUUUUUAAAAAAAAAUAAUAUUUACAAUCUAUGUUUCGAGCAUGUUUCUAUAAUAAGCAGAUCCGACAACUUGACACAUAGGAGGAGAGGAGCUAUCCGUUGGUAGAACCCAGCAUUAUUUGUUUAUUUCAUUUAACCAACCAGCAGGUCACGACACCAUUUUUAUUGAAGUCGUCGAGUGGGAUUAUCAGGAAGUGAAUUCGAAGCAAGUUCAGCGAUUAGAGGAUUUGAGUGUGACUGUAGUUUGGAAUUAAAUUUUUUAUAAUGUUUUUAGGCCAGUUGGUUUGGUUAAUACAAUUUAAAGAAUUAUUAUAUUGUUUUAAGAUACCGGCCGCUACGACUAUCGUGGGACUCGUUUGCCCGCAUUUCGGCUUGGGCUUGGGCAUCGGUAUAGUAGACUCCGCUUUGGUCCCAAUGUUGGCCAAUUUGGUGGACACCAGACAUCCAAACUUACACUACGGGUCAGUGUACGCGCUUCAACAGACGGCCGUCAGUCUUGCAUAUUCCAUCGGUAAGAAGAUACACAUACAAAUUUUAGAUUCGGAGUGGAGCGAAGAAGCUUACGAUUGCACAAAGAUACUGUACAACAAUAUGUUGUACAAUAUAUAUAUAUAUAUACAAAAUUGGACAGCAAUUUUGCUCCGAUUUACAAUGAUAGCACUUUUUUUCAAAGGAAAUCUGACUCAGGAGGUACUUAAAUUUGGUCAUUUUUUAAUUUUCUCGGGAGUUUUCUUAAUAAAUGGAAAAAAACCGGGGAAAAACAAAACAUAGGGUAAAUGGAAGAAUAAGUACAAUAUUUAACAGAUAUUGUUUAAAAAAAUAUAUGAUACCUAUGUAAUUAUUUCACCAUAAUAUGGCACAUAUAUAUUGUUGAUAAAGCAACAUUAUCGACUGAAUUCCGCACAGAAUCGUUUUCUCUUUAGCAAUGGUUUUUCGUUGUUUACAGAUAUACGUUGAAUUUCCCCACUUCUACCCUCCCAAAUUUUUUUAUUACAAAUAUAUACUUUGACUACACACUGGUCAUUGGCCGCGAUUACAAAUCAGUUUUUAGAAUACCGUACAAAUUAUAAAUGCACGUGUUCGUUUUUCAAAUAACAUAAUCGUGUGCGAGUAUAUAUGAUCGAAUUGAUAACGUUCGAAUUUAACGGCGCUAAUAAUACGGGUACAAAAUAUUAAAAUCUCAACUAAACGUAAAUAAAUUCGUAAAAUACAUUGUCAUCGAAUUGACCCCGUACGGAGAACGUGCGUUUAUAUUUUGUAAAAACGAGAUGAUAUUUUUUUCAAUUAAUUUUUCACAUUUUUUUUUUAGUAGUACCGGCUAUUAAAAAACGUCAAAGUCCGUGACUACCGCCGGGAACUAUCUUAUUUUGUUAUUUUUUUUUCUUUUUAUGAUUCAAGGUCCUAUUAUCGGUGGCAGAUUCGUGAAAACCAUUGGGUUCCCGUGGUUGAUGCGAACUGUAGGAAUCAUAAACGUAUUAUAUUGUGGCAUGCUGGUUAUUUUGAGUAAAGUUUCCAACAACGAAAUGGAAAAGGUACGAAACAAUACGAUCAAAUUUAAACUGUUGUUAUAUUAAUAGUUUUUUAUUUUUUUUUUAUUUGCAGAUAAAUAGCGGUACAUCUAUAACCGAUUACAAAUCCACAAGUGCUGUCGUAUCGUUCUUCAACAAGCCGAUCGCUUAUGAAAAACUCGACGACACCGCGACCGCGAAUUAG